GUGGAGUUUUUACGCGCAGCGACGGAAACAGUCGAGAGUGUGUCAAAAGGCGGUGGGGAGACACGCAGAGCGGCGUUAAUGUGACACAAAGUGGGACACAUCCAGUGCGUAAAGGUGCGCGGAUAAAGCUUUCCAACCCGCAGUGUAAAGCCGGACUACUUCAUCUUCUAAAAGUCUUCCUAAUGUGGCAGAUGUGGGAUUAGAGCACCAUGUUGGAGCCUCCAGAGCCCAGCCAGGAGAUUGUGGAGUGGCUGUCCACCUUGCGCCUAUCCCAGUACGUCUCAUGUUUCCAGCAGGGAGGCUAUCAAGCUCUGGAAGACUGCAAGGACCUGACGGAUGAGCGCCUCCUGGAGCUUCAAGUGCUGCCGACGGGCCACCGUAGACGCAUCCUCCGGAGUUUGGAAGCACUGGGGUUGCAGCAGCAGAGCGGAGACGAAGAUGAGGAGGAAGGUGUUGAGAGCAGGGCGGGUCGGAGGGCACCAGUGCCGCAUCCAAGACACAUCUUCCUAAAGGAUAAAAGGAGGGGGAUGUCAUGUCAGAAGAAACAGCCAAAUGAGAGGAGGCAGUGUGAUCUGGAAGGGAGUCAGACUUUGCCUCCAGGAGCAGGACUGGGAACAGGAGCUGUUCCAGAGAGCAGUUACCCGUCCCCGCCUAAACCGGCCCCACGUAACCCCCAGAACAUCCAGACAUCUACGUCUGCACGUAGCUGCGUACCGGCUUCCAGGCACUCCAGCAGCAGUCGCAGUAGUAGCAGCAGAAACAGCAGCAGCAGCGAGUCGCUCUCCACGUCUGAAAUGCCCUCAGACUGGGAGGUUUCCUCAGAAGACACCUUCUAUUCUACCACUGACUCGGUCCCCUGUCCGAAUGAAGCCCCGAUCCCGAGUGUGGCUGAAGACCAGGGGGUGUUUCUUGGAGAAAUGGUUGAAAACUCAAUUUAUGAGACACAGCCCAGGUUGAGGAAAUCUGUACGUCCACGGCUCACUCGCUCCUACCGGUUGAGGCACCGGCCCGUUCCUGAAAUCCCAAACCAGACCGGAGUACCACUACAGGACAGGAACGCACCACCAGCGCAAACAAGCAGCCCUGAACACCUAACCGGCUCCGAAGGUCCCACCGGUGCAAACGGCAUACAGAAAGCCGCACUUCAAAGAACCUUGACGCCUAUUGCUCCCUACGGAGAGACAUUCCUGUACAACAACCCUCCGAGUGUUCCGGACCAAACCGCUAAAGACGGGUUAGAGACGGGUUUUAAGGACAAGUUGAAACAGAAGAAGCAGAGAAAAAAGGCGCCUAAACCGAAAGAGUCAAAAGAAAAAGAGUGUCCACCAGCUCCAACCAUCCCAGACCCCUAUGGCGACGAGUACUCGACGGUGGAGGAGUGUGUGGGCAUGUUGCCGCGGGCCUGUUUGGACCAAAGUUUCGCCCCAACCCCUGACACCGCCGCCGUCGGCCCAAGCGACGGAUCCUUGAUCAUGGUGGACUGCGACCUCUACUCGGAGCCCGCCGACGCUCUGGGAUGCGUCGCCAAAAAAGCGCUUCCUGAUAUUUCUCCCUAUGCGUGCUUCUAUGGAGCGCCCAAACCUCAGGUGCUCAAAGUGGGCUGGCUGGACAAGCUGUCACCUCAAGGAAAUUGUGUUUUUCAAAGGAGGUGGGUGAGAUUCGACGGCGAGAGUCUGGCCUACUACAACAGCGACAAGGAGAUGUACUCCAAAGGAAUGAUCCUGGCCAGCGCUAUCAGACAGGUGCGAGGACUCGGUGACAACAAGUUUGAGGUAGUCACGUCCCUCCGGACCUUCAUAUUUCGGGCUGAAAGAGAAGGUACAACAAGUGCAUCCUCUUCCCUUUGUUCUGCAUCUUGCAGUCAUCUAUCAGCUACACAUUCUGUUCUCUCUGCUUGUCAGUCUGCCUCUGUCACUCUGACCGAGAUGUACUCCAAAGGAAUGAUCCUGGCCAGCGCUAUCAGACAGGUGCGAGGACUCGGUGACAACAAGUUUGAGGACUUUAAAGCCGGGCUGGCUAUUGCUGAAGUGGAACUGACUGCUGCCAAUAUUAAAGACGCUGACCGCAGGGGCUUCGAAAUCAACACACCCUUCAAAAACUUCUGCUUCACGGCCGACUCGGAACGGGAGAAGGAGGAGUGGAUUGAAGCGGUCCAGGAAUCGAUCGCCGAGACACUCUACGACUAUGAAGUGGCGGAGAAGAUCUGGUUCAACGAGGCCAACCGGAGCUGCGCCGACUGCCGGACCCCGCAGCCGGAGUGGGCGUCGGUCAAUCUGGGCGUGGUCAUCUGUAAGAAAUGUGCAGGACAGCACCGCUCCCUUGGCCCAAGUAUUUCUAAAGUGCGGAGUUUGAAGUUGGACAGCAGCAUCUGGAGCAAUGAACUCGUGGAGCUCUUCCUUGAGGUGGGGAACAAGAACGCUAACAGUUUCUGGGCCGCUAAUCUUCCCGUGGAGGAGGAUCUCUACAGCGGGGCCUCGGCGGAGCAGCGCGCUACAUUCAUCCGCAGGAAGUACCGGGAGAGGAAGUACAGGAGAGUCCUGGAGGAGAUUCACGACCUGGAGCAGCUCAACCAGGCGCUGUGUGCAGCUGUGGUGACGCCUGACGUGCUGCAGACCAUGGCGCUGGUGUUCAGCGGCGCAGAUGUUAUGUGUGCCACUGGGGAUCCAACCUACUCCACCCCGUAUCUCUUGGCUCAACGUGCCGGACAGAAGCUACAGAUGGAGUUCCUGCACCAGAACAAGCUAUCUGAUUUCCCAAGACUGGAGCAGUGGUCGGAGAACGCCUCCCCGUCCGACGCCUCCCUCUUCAUGGAUGGCUUCCUCUACAUCUCCUCCGGCCUCGCAAAGGCGACGUUGGAUCGCCGCGGGAGAGACGACAUGACGCGCCGUUGGUGCACCUUGGAGGGCGGCUUCCUCAGCUACUAUGAGAGCGAGCGAAGCCCUUCGGCCAUCGGCAGGGUGGACGUCACCGAAGUGGUCAGCCUGGCCAUCAGCAACACGGAGACGAUGACUGGAGCUGGGGCUGUGUUCACCGUGGAGCUGUACCUGCAGACGGAGCGAGCGCUGAUUGUCGGCGCUGAAACACAGGAAACGCAGCGCGACUGGAUCCAGGCGCUAACAAAGUGCUUCGUCCCGCCCAAAGUGGAGGGAUUGGUGCGUAAAGACAGCGAGCUGAUCGGCAGGCUUCACUACAAAGAAGGCCACGACCUGUACUACUGGAGGGUGGGCUGGUUUACGCUGGAAGGCUCGGCGCUGUUCUUCAGCUCGGGAGACGAGGAGGGAGAGGAGGCAGUGCUGCAGCUCAAACAGCUGCAGGAGCUCACUGUCUCCACACAUACCGAGGGUGAGGACAAGAUCCAAGUCCUGCUGAUGGUGGAGUGUGGAAGGACGGUUUACAUCCACGGCUUCGGGAAGAUGGACUUUACGCUGUGGCACUCUGCCAUCACACUGGCGGCUGGCACAGAUGGCAAGGCGCUCAGUGACCAACAGCUCACUAAAAAUGGUGUUCCCAUUAUAGUCGACAGCUGCAUUGCUUUUGUCACUCAGUAUGGUUUGUGCCAGGAGGGGGUCUACCAGCGGCCCGGGGACCCCGGUCGGGUCUCCCUCCUCCUGGAGGAGUUCACCCGCGACGCCCGUAAUGUGAAGCUGAGAGAGAAGGAGCACCAGCUGGAGGACGUGACGGACACCCUAAAGAGCUUCUUAUCCCAGGCGGAGGAUGCACUGCUGACCAAGGAGCUCUAUCCAUACUGGGUGUCAGCUCUGGAUGAGAAGGAUGCGGGGCAGAGAGUAAAGAAGUACUCCACUUUCAUCGAGAGUUUGCCAAAGAUAAACAGGUCAACCCUUGAUGCCCUGCUCCAACAUCUGUACAGGAUUCAGCAGUGUUCCCACCUCAACCGCAUGCCCAGCGAAAAACUGGCCUCCGUCUUCUCGUCCUGCUUGUUCCAGACUCAGGGGCAAACCCCACAGGAAAUUAGAGUGGUGCACGACCUGAUCAGCAACUACGUGACACUCUUCAGCGUCAAUGAAGACCAGGUGCAACAGAUGGAGAGAGAGAAUAGUUUCAUCACACGCUGGAAUGACAAGAAGGACACCACAUUCUCUCCAGCUGGGGACCUGAUCUUCGAGGUGUACCUGGAAAAGAAAGAGCCGGAGAAAUGCUGUUUAAUAAAGGUCUCUCCCAGCAUGCGGCCCACCGAGCUCGCAGAAACGGCGCUGAGCAUGAGGAACGUCGCCUUCACCGCGGACGACUUCUGGACCACCUUCGAAGUCAUCGAAAACGGAGAGUUAGAGCGACCGUUGCACCACAGUGAGAAGAUUCUUGAGCAGGUGUUGGAGUGGAGCUCCUUGGACUGCCCGAGCUCUGCUUUUCUUGUUAUAAAGAAGUUUGCAGGGGCCAAAAGAAUGGCUGAUGGGAAAGACCAAGGACAGUUUAUCAAAAGCGACUAUCUGAAGUUCAGCGACGGAUCCUCCAAACUGCUUUCAGGGCACAAAUUUCAGGACAAGUAUGUCAUACUACGUGCAGAAAAGCUGCUGCUCUACAGAGAUAUCAAAAGCACGAAAGCAGAGAAAGCGAUCCAGCUCAAGUGUGUGAAAUGUUACCUGGGCCUGAAGAAGAAGCUCAAGCCUCCAACCAACUGGGGCUUCACGGUCUACACGGAUAAACAACAAUGGCAUUUCUGCUGCGACAAGAGGGAGACGCAGGUCAGCUGGGUGACGGACAUCAUCGGGAUGAAGUACGGUUCCGACCUCUAUUUAAAGACGAAAGAAGCUGCAGAUGCGAAACCGUCCAGAGGGGGCGCUGUGACGGAAAGCGCCAAGAGUCCACCGCGCAACCACAAUUCCAGCAAUCUGCUGACAGACAGGAGGGUUUCUCUCGGGGACGGAGACCGGAAGGCCUUCAAGGAUGCUGGUCUCCACCUAAAGUCCAACACCGUAGCCAGGUGCCCCAAACCCAAGGACCUCCUCAAGGCCCCAGAGGUUCCAAACAGGAGAACAUCUGUGGACAUCUUCCCGCCCCAGAGGCUUCCUUCCCCGUCGCUGCCCAGACACUUGCAGCCCAUGCCGUUGCCUACGCCUCCUCCCGGCGGGUGCAAGAGUCUCGGCAAAAGACCCGUUCUGGGCGGAGAGGGGAUGAUGCCGUCUAAUCUGCUUAACGAAUUGAACUCUGUGCUCAGCAAGACUGGUCGCAAGAACAAUGACUGACAGGAGGAGGAAUAAGAAGAGAGGAAAAAGUUUGAACGGUAACACAACCCAAACAGAAGCUGAAAAAACCCACACGAUGUAGAUGGAAACAAAAUGACUUGCAUUCACGGGGGACCAUCGCAGCCUGAACUCUGCUUUUGAACUCGGAUAUAUAAAGAGAUGCCGAUGCACGAGGGGGAUGUGGAAAACAGGUGCAGGAGACAGUGGAGGUCAUGUAGACCUCAGCUGGGCAUGGCGCUGACCCAAGCACUACAAAACGUGAUUUAUAUGCCGCUCUUGGAAAAGCCGCAGACAAAAAAAAAAAAAUCAUGUUCAACUGUCAAAGUCAGGAGUUUCCAGAAAUAUUUCAAACUGCUUCGUUCGUUCUUUUUUUUCCGGCUACACUGAAAAGCCCGUUUUAACUACAUCUUUAAAGUAUUAUAGUUUAACCUCUAUGCUGUGAAGUCAAUCUUCUCUUUUUGUCACUAUUGCUGCAAAAUAGUUUUAAUAUAGUUGGAUGGAUUUAAUAGUUGGAUUUUAAAUAGUUAACACGAAAGACUUAAAUACUCUUUGGCGAGUACAGGAAUGCCGAGAAAAAGAUGCACGUGUGCAUAUCAACAGAUUUCGGGUCAUGUAGCUGUUAGCAUAAGAGGCUCCUGUAUAGCAACAUUAGCUGGUAGUGCUGGGAAAUCUCAAUUUUCAUGUGUUAUUUAUUUUUAAUCUGGUAUUCGCUAUUGUUCUGAAACUGUUUUAAAUAUAUCUCUCCUAACAGUAUUUCUAUAGCAUCUAAUUUUGUGGCAUACCACUUUAAACUUUGCACUGGCUGCCAUUAAAUGUAAUGUGCAGCAAAUGUACAGCCUAGAUAUAUAAAUAAACAUUAAAAAAACAAAGCUUUUA